AUGUCGCAGCAAGAGGCUGAUAUCGAUGCGAUCGAGGUGCAUUACAGCGCAGCACCAGGCACCGAGAUUCUCUACGAUGUUGCAGAGGAUGGAACUGGAUCUAGUAAACUACACCGCCUCCAGCACGUCAAAUCUAAAUCUGGAGAUGGUCAUCUUCUCCUGGUACCACAGCCGUCUCUGACGGACCCGAAUGAUCCUUUGCGCUGGUCGACUACGAAAAAAUGGACUACGUUUCUCAACGCCCUUGGUUUUUCUUUCAUGGGCAGUGUGACGGGCCCUAUCAUGACAGGCUGGAUGGUAGAAGCAGCUGCGUUCUACAACACCUCUAUCCAGAGAAUGUCCUAUACUGUUGGCGCAACCCUGAUAUGUCAAGGCUGUGCAACGGCUCUGUGGAUGCCAUUUGCCGUUAAAUUCGGCCGUCGACCUGUCUACUUGUUCUCCAAUCUGUUAAUGGGUGUCGCCUGCAUAUGGUUGGCCAGCGCCAGCAAGACAACUUACACUUCGUUCCUCGUCGGUCGAGCUUUUCUAGGUGUGUUCGAAGCUCCUAUGGAAUCAAUCGUCCCAAGUACCGUCACCGAUAUGUUCUUUCUACAUGAUCGAGGAGCUAAAGUCUCUUACUAUGGACUUUCCGUCCUUGGAGGGAAUGAACUUGGACCGAUGCUUUCCGCACUGAUCAUCCAAAGCCUCGGAAUGGCCUGGGCCUUCUAUAUUGUGGCAAUCUUCAUCUUUGCCAAUUCUGUUACACAGUUCUUCUUCAUGCCAGAAACAAUGUACCUUGGCCCUCGCCCCUCGCUGGAGCUGCAUGAAGACAAACCUGAUGAAAAGGGACGCGCGUCGGCCCAUAUCGAAAUUACCAACGCCGACGGUGCUCAAGUGCCGAAGAAGACAUUUCUCCAGGAAUUGUCAUUUUGGGGUAUCAACGAUCAUUCGGUGUCACUAUGGCAAGCUUUUGCGAGACCGUUUGUUCUACUCGCAUACCCGACGGUUGUGUGGUCCUGCUGCUGUUACGGGAUGGCACUAAGUUGGAACGUCAUACUGGCAACCACGAACGGACAGCUAUUUUCACCACCGCCUUACUCAUUUAAUGCGGCUGCACAGGGUCUUGUCUUUGGCGCACCGCUCAUCGGUUCCCUCGUCGGCACCUACCUUUGCGGCCCCGUCGCUGAUAGUAUUGCCAAUUACUUCACUCGCCGCAACCAUGGUAUCAGAGAGCCGGAAAUGCGUCUUCCCACAUGUAUUAUUGCCGCUAUGUUGACCUUCGUCGGCGCUCUCAUUUCAGCGUUGUGCUUCCACUACAAGACUCGCUGGAUUGGCCCUGUCAUGGGCUACGGUAUUCUAAGCGCCGGUAGCCAGAUGGGCUCUACCCUUGCCAUGAGCUACGCCCUGGAUUGUCAUAAGGAACUAAGCGUUGAGCUGAUGGUGACUAUAGCCUCCUUAAAGAGUGCGGUGGCUUGGAUAUGGACCUGGGUCGUCAAUGACUGGCUGAACAAGGACGGUCCAUUGGUGGUGCUUUUGGUGGUGAUGGCUAUCAACAUCGCGGUAUAUGCGUCAUCGUUCUUGCUGUAUCGCUAUGGGAAAAGCAUCCGGAUGUGGCUUCACCACAAAAAUUUCUUGGGGGCCUGUGGACUUGCCUGA